AUGCGCAGUUACAUUGUGUAUGCUGCCCAGGUACUCUGCCUCACCGGCGUUGCAGCGCAGGAUGUUCACGGCUGGUACGAUGCCCACCCAGGAACCGCGCGAAUCAAACGCGUAAACCAGGCUACGUACCAAAUACUUGACGAAUUCGGUCGCACUCGCUUCUUUCAUGGAACCAACGUCGUCAUGAAAGAGGCCCCGUGGUACCGCCCAUCAGAAUGGGUGCCGGGCACAUCCUCGUUUGGCGAGAAAGAUGCACAGAACUUACAUGAUCUGGGGAUCAAUAUUGUGCGUCUCGGUCAUAGCUGGACGGGAGCAGAGCCUGUUCGAGGCCAGUAUAACGAGACGUUUCUGCAAAUCAUGAAGUCGCAGACCGAACUGGCCGAGAAGCAUGGCAUGUACGUGCUCGUGGAUGUACACCAAGAUGUCCUCGGACGAAAGUUUUGCGGCAAUGGUGUGCCUGAUUGGUUUAUUCAACCAGAUUGGGUACCAGGAUGGGAAAGGUAUCCCUUCCCCCUGGCAAAGCCCAACACAGUCGAUCAAAACGGGUUCCCAUCUCCAGCAUCUGCCUGUGGCUCAGAGAGCUGGAACUUUGCGCUGAGCUACACGACCGUCGCAGUUGCCAACGCAUUCGGACGCCUUUACAACAACUAUGACGGGCUGGGUGACGCUUUUGCUGCGUACUGGAAAAAGCUGGCCUCGGGGUACAGCCAGUCAGUGAAUAUCGCAGGAUACAAUCUGCUUAAUGAGCCCUGGGUCGGCGAUAGCUGGGCAAGUCCUAGCUUGCUUGUACCUGGUGUUGCUGACCACAAAAAUUUGGAGGGUUUGUGGAAUCGCGCCUCUGCUCAAAUUCGCACAGUUGACAACGACACACUCAUUUGGUUUGAAGGCGUUACUACCGACGUGCUGUCUGGUUUCAACAACGUGCCUCUGGGCGACGGGUCCAAAACCGUGCAAUCCUUCCACUACUACCAUCCCCCGCAACUUGGCUCCAUCUCCGACACUCUGUAUAACCGUCGCAAGGACAGCAUCCGACUCAAAACGGCUGCUGUGAUGACGGAAUUCACGUUUUGGAUGGGAGAUGCGAAGCAGAUGCAGAGCAUAACCGACGCAGUCACCGCUGCUGACGCCAACAUGGUCUCGUGGAUGGGAUGGGCAUACGAGAACCUCUACGAUGGAUCUACUGGAAAGCCGCAUCCAGAACUUGCUGUCCAUUACAGCCGCGCAUACCCUUCUGCUGUCGCUGGUGAACCAAAGAGCUUCGGAUACGAUGAGAGUUCUGCGACAUUCAAGCUGCAAUUCGUGACGGACCCAACUAUUAGCGCGCCAACGGAAAUCAUCUUGCCAGUAAGCUCUUUUCCACGCGGAUACCAUGUCCAAGUGACGCCUGCGGGUAGCUUGCUGUCUUUUACUCGCGAUGAGCGCACGCUGGCAUUGUUUACAUCUGGCAGCUUGACGAGCCCAACUACUGUUUCAGUUGUAAUUACUCCCAAAUAGUAGUGAUAAACUCAGUACAUAUUAGUCUAUAGUUUAAUUCAGUAUUUAUGGGCA